CCUGACCUGUUAAGCUCAGCUAAACACCCUUCACAAUGCAAAUCCCUGUGCACAGCAUGUUUGCACACGUGAGCCUUUGCAAGCUGGAGGAUGUAGUCCUGCUCCGGCGAGAGCUCUGGACCACAAAGUGGACAAGAACCACAGAGCCCAUCAUGACUCUCUUCACCUGUGUGUUUAUCCGGUGGCUACUGAGUGAACCGAGACGGUGACCAGUGGGAUCUUUUUUAUUAAAUGCGGUCCUCAAAGCCCCUUAUCUGCAGUCCGGUUUUGAGAAGCAGCAGCAGCAUCUGUUGGCUUUGAAUCAAAGAAAUCCCCUCUUCAGGAUUACUCCUCACUCAGGAUGCUGCUGAGUCUGUUCAAACGGUCCGGUCGCAGCUUCGGGUGUUUGCCCAGGCAGAUGAGCAGGUGGAACAAUCAGGACCCCGCUCCUCCUCAGGAGAACCCUCGUGUCCUCAUCACAGGUGGACUCGGGCAGUUAGGUGUGGGACUUGCACAGAUGCUGAGAAAACAAUAUGGAGCAGAGAAUGUAAUCCUGUCAGACAUCAAGAAGCCUCCACCUCAUGUUUUCAACAGUGGCCCAUUUGUGUAUGCUGAUGUGUUGGACUACAGACACCUCAGAGAACUGAUUGUCAAUAAUCGUGUCACUUGGCUGGUCCACUACAGCGCUCUGCUAAGCGCUGUGGGUGAGGCUAACGUGGCUUUGGCUCGAAAGAUCAACAUCACAGGCCUGCACAACGUCCUGGACUUGGCUCUGGAGAACUGCCUUCGCCUCUUUGUCCCGAGCACCAUUGGGGCCUUUGGUCCCUCCUCUCCGAGGGACCCGGCCCCGGACCUCUGCGUGCAACGCCCUCGAACAAUCUACGGUGUGUCUAAAGUGCACGGUGAACUUAUGGGAGAGUACCUUCACCAUAAAUAUGGCUUGGAUUUCCGUUGCCUUCGUUACCCUGGAGUAAUUUCAGUCAACACCCCUCCUGGUGGAGGAACAACAGACUAUGCAGUUCAGAUCUUCCACGACGCUCUCAGCACAGGUCACCAUGAGUGCUACCUCCGACCUGACACUCGUCUUCCAAUGAUGCACAUCUCCGAUUGCCAUCGUGCCACGGUGGAGUUCAUGCAGACUCCCGAGUGCCAGCUUUCACUGCGCACCUACAACAUAGCCGCCAUGAGUUUCACUCCAGAGGAGGUGGCCCAAGAGAUCCGCAAACAUCUGCCUCAUCUGACGGUUACCUACAACCCAGACUCUGUCCGCCAGACAAUAGCAGAUAGUUGGCCUGUGAGGUUUGACGACUCCAACGCCAGGAGAGACUGGGGCUGGGCACCAGCCUUUGGGCUUGAAGAGCUGGUUUCAGACAUGCUGAUCUCCAUUCGAGAAAAUAAGACCAAUGAGGCGUUUCCCAAAAGUUAGCAAAACCUUUACCUCCACAACGGAGCAGGUUUUUCUCCAGCCUGCAUUUAACUACUGCCUCCUUCAACUUCCACAUGUCAGCACGCACUUUCGUGAAUCAUGAGGUGCCGGGGAAUACUGUAAAACAUUAACUCUCACUCAAACCGGACACAGACAGAAACAUUUUGGUCUUCUGCAGGGAAUCAUCUACUGUCAUAUCUUCUUCAUUUGUGUUGUUUUUAUUUGUUCUGGUUUAAACAUCACUUCACACAUGGCAGCUUUGCUUUAGAUGGAGCAAAACAAUUCUUAUUUCUUCUAAUAUUUCCAAAUGUCACAGUUACAUGGAUGGAACAACGGCCUCUUACAAUGUCUCUGACAGUGUCCAACACAUUAUGGACUGGAUGAACUCGUGUCACUUCAUUUCAGGAUCCACUGAGAUGUCUGGAUCUCUCAACUUUGGGCUGGGGCAGCACAUCUGGGAUUCCUGCCAUCAUAUAAAGCAGAUUUUUUGUCAUAUAUCUUAUGAAGUGAAACAGACAUUUUAUACAUCACUGCAACUUCAGCUGUUUUAUAUGAAAAUAACUCUGCAUUUAACUUAUUCUAUCCGUGUGACUUUGGAUAUGAAUUAUGAUAAAUAUAAACAUAAAAAAUGGAGUUUGGAAAAUAUAAAAUUAUUAGGUAUAAAAUAAUGCAGUGGAAACUGAAAAAUAAAAAUGUUAUUUAUCCAAAAGAAAGUCUGUUUUUCUUACAAAAAAUGUUUUGUUUUUUUUGAACAAUUUUUCUGAC